AUGAACGAAUCCCCGCCGCCCCGGACUCCCGCGCACCUUGCGCCCGCCCGGGGCCGCCAACUCCAUUCCAUGUCCGACUCGUCGCCCGCCCGCCAACGGAGCACUGACGAUCUACUUGCGAACCUCAACCCGCGAACUGUCGUCAAUGCCUUCCGGAACCCCUCCGGGGCCCUGAAGGCAUGCAUGGCGGCCGCGACCCCGGCCGAGCAGGCCUUUGCGCUGAGGGUUGCGAUUGCAUCGGAUAAAAUCCACGAAUGGCUCGGGGAGCUCUCUGCCUGGCCCUGGCCGGCUGGUGGGGGCUCCACGGGUUUCGAGAUGCCCAGGAGUAAGAGGACGAAGCUCUCAGACACGCUUUCCCCAACACAACACGAAUCCCUGGGCGCACCAGACCAGGGAUACAACGGAAGUCUCCCGACCGCCCACGUUGCGAGAUACGAACGGCGCAUAGACGACAUCGCCCAGGGGCUGGAGGAGCUCGAGAUCGAAGAGAUCAAGAGCCAGGUUUUGAACAACCACAUCAUGCCCUUGUCCAGACCGGGGACGCCCAUAAUGGACUCCGGGCGCUCUACUAUGUCGCUAUCGACCCUUGCGAGGUUGGACGACCUGACUGCCAUAGUCACGGCCACCACCGUGCAAGCGCUGCCGAACCUCUCCAGGCUUACCAGGCUCAUGAGUGCUUGGAAUUUCCGCCUCCUGGUGCUGCGGAAGAUCCCGGUCUUUUUGACGUCAAUUACCGACGCCGAGGUUGCUCUCCAGUCUGGCUGGAACGCGAUCAGCGCCGCCAAUGGCCAGAACGGGGCCGCAUCCGCACCCCUGUCUCGGGAAGACUUCGACGUGACGAAGUCCGUGCUGGGCCGGAAGGUCGCCAAGGCGGGUCGCGACCUGGAUGCCAUGUUGGACGUCCUCGAAGGCCAGCCAGACACCCUACCGGAAGACUGGAUCGACCGAAUGGAUACCUUGGAGCAUGGAUAUGGCGAAUGGACUGUGGCCUGCGACAGGAAGGUCCAGGAGGCCGAUUUGGUGGGGAUGACCCAGCUGGUCGCCCCGGCCAAGGUCGCGCCUGAGCAGCCAUUGCGCGAGAGCACAAAUGGCAGCGCCGUUGCUGCACCGCCCGCUUCCAACGGAUCCCCGGCAUUGACAACCCCCGAAGAAGCACAACCGCUGGCGAAUGCAUCUUCUCCGGAUAGUGUCAGUGCACGGGAUCUCAGUUCUCCGCCGGAGGUCCGACCUCCGGUGAUCAAGAUCCACCCAACCAUUGAAGAAGACCAGGUAUCCCCAACGGAGGAUUCCUACCCCGAUACCGACAACGAAUUUGAUCAAAGCCCAUCCGAUGGAUCAGCUAGUGCUGAGCCUUUACCAGUGCCCGUAUCGGAGCCGCUUUCAACUAGCCCUAGCAACCGGAGAUCACUCGGGGAUGCGGUGGGCUUUUCCUCUACGUCUGACUCGGAACUGUCGGACAUCUCAGAGCAUGAUGUGUUUCAGACGGAGGACCGUGGUAGGCCUACCAGCAGUGCCUCGGAGUCCUCAACAGUCCUACACGAAGCUCCCAGUAUGUUUACGGACUCGUUCUCGAGCGACCUUUUCGACCAAGGAACUCCCGAGCGCCCUCCCCAGAGGGCCAUACACGGCGCAGACGUCUCGGGUCUCGGAUCCUUCCGGUCGAGCACAAGGUCCAUGUCAGUAACUUUCAACGACAAGCCCACCGUCACGGAACUGCCGAGCUUCCCCAGCACCCCAGGCACCCCGACGAGAUCGGUCAUCUUGGAGGAUGAUGAUGUGACGGAACCUAACACGCCGGCCGAGAAAGUCAUCCCCGGUAGGCCCGGCAUGGACGAUCAACUGCAGCGGCAGAUCGGCCAAAUCCUGGAGUCGGUGCCGGCCAAGAUCCGUCUGACUGCAGAACCCCCAGCCAUCAAUCUCAACCCGCCAGACUUCAAGAUGCCGAUUACGCGGAAGAGCUCCAGGGGAGACGCCAUCCCCCGGACGCAAUCUAACAUGUCCAUGCGUUCCGCCUAUUCCCGCUCAGCAACGCCCUCGUUCACCCUCGCUCCCGCCCGCAACUCUCGCCCGCGCCACCGCGGCAACCAGGAGAUCAAGCUCUACCACCUCUCCCGCUCCAAUGGCGAGGCCCCGAUCAAGCUCUUCAUCCGCUGCGUGGGCGAGCACGGCGAGCGCGUCAUGGUUCGCGUGGGCGGCGGCUGGGCCGACCUGGGCGAGUACCUCAAAGAAUACGCCACGCACCACCUCCGGCGCUCCGUCGCCGCCGGCGCAGACGGCAAGAUCGAGGUCAAGGACAUCCCGCGCACCGGCGCCGUGCGCCCCGUCGCCGCCGCCGACGCCACCCCUCCCAGCCGCCCGUCCUCGGCCAUGGACUCCCACUCGCCCAUCUCCCCCCUCAAACUGCGCAAGACACGCCGCCCGCCCACCGCCAACGGCAGCCCAUCCGCCGAUUCUCACCACCAAUCCCCCGCAUCGGCAGCACGCCCCAAGACCCCGCUCGCGAGUGUCAGCCGGCUGGAAGCCACGCCGCCCUCGGGCGGCUCGUCGCUGCGCUCGCGCUCCAGCUCGCGCGUCAGCUGGGACGAGGACGAGGGCGCCGUCGCCCUGGGCAUGGCCGGCCCGCGCGCCAAGCAGAUCGAGAUGAGCGAGGAGAGCAGGGCGUGGGUCGAGAGUGUGAAAGAGAAGUGGUGGUGCUGGGGAGGUGGAUGA